GGAGAGGAACAUAAUGUAGAACCGCACCCAAAUGAACCUAUAUUAACAACAGAACACAGAGUAGACGAGGAAGUCGAGGAGGUCCCACGUGGACCAAAGCCAGAUUUGGGAGAGGAACAUAAUGUGGAACCGCGCCCAAAUGAACCGAUAUUCAUAAGAGAACACAGAGUAGACGAGGAGGUCGAAGAGGUCCCACAAGGACCAAGGCCGGCUUUACAACGUUAUAUGAAUAACAGAGUAACGAUAUUAAUAACAGAACACAGAGUAGACGAGGAGGUCGAAGAGGUCGCACGUGGGCCAAGGCCGGAUUUGCCACGUUAUAUGAAUAACAGAGUAACGAUAUCAAUAACAGAACACAGAGUAGACGAGGAGGUCGAAGAGGUCGCACGUGGACCAAGGCCGGAUUUGGGAGAGGAACAUAAUGUAGAACCGCACCCAAAUGAACCUAUAUUAACAACAGAACACAGAGUAGACGAAGAGGAAGUCGAAGAGGUCCCACGUGGACCAACGCCGGAUUUGGGAGAGGAACAUAAUUUGGAACCGCACCCAAAUGAACCAAAACCUAUUACAGGAGAAGAACAGAGAAGAGUUGACAUAGAGGACGAAGAGGUCCCACAAGGACCAAGGCCGGAUUUGCGACGUUAUAUGGAAAGGUUGGUUAGAGAAGAG